GAUUCGGCCCUCACAUUCUUCCCAAAUCAAGUAGCCAUCGAACGGUUUCCAUCCUGACCGCCUCAAUCCGAAUGACGAUGCACUUUUGACCUUUCUGCAAUCGGUUCUGGUCGAAAGACCAAGUUUGAAGCAUGUCUGCUCGGUCGCUCACCACGGCUGCCACGCUCUUCGCGGGACCUGGUAGAGCGAGUAAUUCAACUGCGUCAGUCAAUGGGAGCGCUACAUUUCACAUCGUUCUCGACGGCACGAUCCAGACACUGUCCGCCGAAAAUGCCCCAGCCAAUGGCCCAAUUAAAGGAUUGCUAUUUGUCCCGACCCUCGAGAGCCAGGACUCUUGCAGUGACACAACCGCGCCAUACAUCCCAGCUAAUGUCACCCGCCUUCAGGAUGUCGCCUCGUUUGGGUAUCAGACCAUUGGGCUAGCGCCAUGGGUAACGCCCAAUUGUACACUUUCAUUCCUGAGUGCUUCUCAACAGGCAGGUAGCAAAGCUCUGGUGUUUUUUCUGCCUUCUAGCGAGGACAGCAAACCUCCCGCUGCGGAUGAUCCGACCUGGUUCUUGGGAGAUGGAGAUGAAUGGAAUAAUAUUUUUCAGCACCCCAUCUAUGCGAUCCCCGGCCCUGCGGGCAGUACCCUCAUGGAGCAGCUAUCGUGGUAUUCUGGGAAUGGAACAUAUCCACAGAAUUCUUCAAAUAGCUCUAUAACAUCUUCCCAAAAUACAGAAUGGGAUUUGCGGUUAUUUACUGUCAUUGACUUAGAGAAAGCUGAGAAGAAAGCGCCUAGUCUCUGGGGCUUCAUUCUAGCGAUCCUUGGAACAAUUCUAGUCCUCUGCAUUAUCCUCCUCCUCGUGUACCAACUCAUCCAAAAAAGGCGCCGGGAAACCCUCCAGCGACGUAUCGAGGCAGGAGAAACGGACUUUGAGCAAUAUGGUCUCAAUCAGAUCAAAGUUCCUCGAGAUUUCCUCACUACACUUCCAAUUUACGUUUACCCAGAUCUCAGCGGUCUCGCCAAAGAUAACUUAUCCCAAGAGAGGCUAUCCACCAGUGAUACCCCUAGACGAUCUGACGACGAGAUAGCCACCGAGCACGAACAACCAGAAGUCCAAAAGGAAACCGAAACCAAAACAGACAUCCAGACAGUAAAUCCCAGCUCAAUAGAGAAAUUGAAAACCCAAGCUUCAUGGAAUGUUGAUCAAGGCAGUAAAACAGUCGAAAUAAAACUCGAUAGCCUUCCUCCGCCGUCUUCCCCAUCCGAGUCUACUCUGCGCGCAACGAUCACUGAAUAUCAGCUCCCCUACCCCAAGCAUGAAAACCGACUUAGCCAUUCGCAGACGACCUGUGCUAUUUGCCUGGAUGAUUUCGUUCCUGCCUCGUCAACUGUCCGCGAGCUACCUUGUGGUCAUAUCUACCAUCCCGACUGCAUUGAUAUGUCUUUAACUCAGAGCAGCAGCCUUUGUCCGCUCUGCAAGAAGAGUGUGCUUCCGCCUGGGUACUACCCCAUGCCGAUGACAAAUAUACUCUAUCGGCGAGACAGUAUGCGGAGAUCCUGGUAGCAGAUUCUGUUUCUUUCCUGAUGGUGUUAUGUUGAUAUGCGACAACAGUGCUAUGAUACCCUUGAUGAUUGAAUCUAUUGGCAUAUAUUAUAUCGUGUUAUAUUUUUGGAAUGAAUUCUAUAUAAUACAGUCCUGAAGGGCCCUGCUUCAGCAAUGCCCAAAAUCCCAGUUUCUUGACGCCUCCCUAAG